CUCUAGGUCUAAAGCACUAAGGCCACAAUAGGUUCAGAAAGAAAAUUCAACGCCUACAAAAUUCAUCUCCCAAACGGUAAAGAAAGAUACAGAAAAUAGGAAAUUACGCGGCCUUUGAUCCAAAUAUUGAAUCCACUCAGAUAAAAUUCAUCAGAAGCAAAUUUAGGUGAGUUGUGGAGCAGAACAUUCAGUGAAUUGAAAUGGCAAAGGAAUUGUGGUAUGCUUUCAUUGUAUUUUGCGUGAUAUCAAAUGUUAGAUCAGAGCAGCUGAGUGCCCAAACAUGCGAAGAUCUUGGAUUCACAGGCCUCGCGCUCUGCUCAGACUGUCAGGCAAUGGCUGAAUACAUCAAGGACGAAGAGUUGGUAUCAGACUGCAAAAAAUGUUGUGUGCAAGAGUCAGAAGAUUCAAUCAACAAGGCUACUUAUUCUGGUGCAAUUUUAGAAGUAUGCAUGAGAAAGCUUACAUUUUAUCCAGACAUUCUCUCCUUUAUUGAAGAAGAAGCGGAUGAUUUUAAUUCCCUCCAUGUUCAGUAUCAUUAUGGCUCACCCCCGAAACUUAUCAUGUUGGAUGAAGAUGGUAAUCAUAAGGAAAUUAUCAGGAUUGAUAAUUGGAAGCGAGAACAUAUACUUCAGUUCCUAAGGGAAAAGGUCAGGGCUAAAGUAUCAACAAGUUAAUGGUACUAAAUGAGCAUCUUUAUGAAAGAGGGGACUAAUAAGCUUCAACUUUGCAAGGUAUUGUUAUUGGCAGUGUUCAGUCUUGCUAUUGUUGAUGGCUUUAGCAUGCUUUUUAAAACUGUAGAAUUUAUUAUUUUACAUGCAAUUUUGCAUGUUAGAAACUCUGAGCCAUAUGCAAAUGUCCAGUGGGAAGCAAAGCUUAAUGGGUAUAGAGUGCAAAAUUUAAUGCAAAAGUUUUUCGCAUAAAACUAUUUUAUUUAAUGGCCCAAAUGAUGGAGCUCUAAAAGAACUUUGUGAUGAUUCACAAUCAUGAUGUGAUAUGAUUAUUUGGACUUUAAAAGCAAGAAUAGCUCACCAAUGACAUUGUGGUAUUGUAAUCUGAACUUUCAUGCUAGAGUUCUCUUCUAAUA